ACGUACGGCGAAAUGGAUCUAGAAUAGGAGGAAGACUGAUACCGCGGUGGAACUUACUGUUCCGUGUAUAUAGUUUUCAUAUAGUUAAUAUACUUCAUAUAUCACAUCUGUAUAUUGGAUUGUGUGUGUAAAUAUAUCACCCUUUUUAUGACUGAUUCUCUCCUAUUUGUAUAAUGGAUAUAAGCUUGGAUGUAAGUGACUUCUUUUCCCCGCGGAUGUGAAUAAUUCUUCAAGAUUAUAGGGUACUUAUCAAUGAACUGACCACAAUCCAAGUAUAGCAUGGCAAGUAGUGUAGUCCGGGCAGAAGACAUUGAUCGCGAGUUCCUUCAGUGUCCCUUAUGCAUCGACCGUCUCCAGAAGCCAAAGGUUCUUUCCUGUCAACACACCUUCUGCGUGGGUUGCCUCGAGUUAUGGGUGGCCAAGAACAACGACCAACUCUCCUGCCCCGUCUGCCGCAACGAGUACGAGCUUCCCCAAGCCGGCGUCCACUCCCUCCCCGACAAUUUCUUCGUCAACAGCAUCAUCGAUUUUAUCGGUCGGAAGCGGCAGGCGUCGGCGACGGCGUUGACGUGCCACGGAUGCGAGAACGAGGCCUCGCAUUAUUGUACGAACUGCGAGGAGGAGUUGUGCUUCGAUUGUGCCGGAGCGCAUCGUCGGCUUCGUUUGACGAAAAAUCACAAGUUGACAACGCUAGACGAACACCAGUCAAGUGGCAUGCGAGUAGACUGUGAUUUCGCCAAGCAGGAUGACAAGAUGUGCAGGAGUCAUCGGGGAUAUCUUCUAGAGCUUUUCUGCCAUUCCUGUGACAUUCCCAUUUGCCGUCUUUGUGUGCUUAAAGACCACCCGCCAUCCAAACACGUCCAUGAUACGCUUCAAGAGACAGCGGCCAGCCGUCGGAAGACCCUUGGCACCCUGGCAGCCACGGCCAAGGAAAGGGUGUCUGGCCUUCGAGACUCUGUCACAAUCCUCAAGGAGACACAACGUCGUCUCAAGAUGAGCCGAGAUCGCAUCGACGGUCAGAUCAAACAGAGGAAGCAGAAGAUGAUCGAAAUGAUUGAACUCUUCGAGCAGGAAGCCAGCGCUGAACUCGGCGAGGAAUUCUCAUCAAGAGACACCAAACUAGAGGAAGAGAUCGAGACCAAGCAACGACUGCUGGACAAGACUGUCAGUGUCUGCAACGUCCUGGAGAAUCUCCACGGUGAAGGGGACGACCAUGCGUUGCUAUACAUCAGUCGGGACACCACCUGGAAGUUAGAGGAAUCCAUCAACUUCAGUGCCGGUGUCGAGACCGAGGAUAAUGGUUAUAUUGGGUUUAACGUGGGCGAGGACAGUUACGACCGCGCAGCGGCGUUCGGACAAGUGCAGAACCCCACCAUGACCUCGACGUCGCACAUCGCCAUCGGACUCCAGCCGUCGUGCCCGCCCGUCAUCUCCGCGGGCGAAGACGUGUGCCUUACGGUGACAACGAGGAAUGCAGGAGGACAGCAGGUACGGAACGGUGGUGCUCCGGUGACAGCCAAGCUCUGUUCACCGGCGGGCGAGGUCGGGAUAGCGAGGGUUCGUGACCGCAUGGACGGCAACUAUGAUAUCACUUUUAGACCAAACUGCGCGGGAAAACAUCGGCUGAUCGUGUCUGUCUUUGGGAAGCAGAUUGGAGAAAGCCCUCUUGAGUUUGAUGUGAUGCAGCCAGAGAGACAGGUUAUCACGUUCGGUAAUCUAACGACGUCGGGGGUGAACCCGUUCAUGGCCGAUGCUCGAUUACGGGAGCCUUGGGGCGUGACGGUGUCGGACCGAACCGGGCUCAUCUACGUCGCCGACACCGGUAACAGCUGUAUCCGUGUCUUUGACAUCGACGGCAAUGCCAAGGGACAACUUGGCUUCCCGAACUUCGCCCAGCGUUUCGAGCCCGUCGAUCUGACGCUCAACAACAACGACAACCUGGUGAUCACCGACCACAGAAAUCAACAGGUAUUGGUAUGCAACCAAGACGGUACGCUGACUCAGAUCUUCGGUGCUGCAGAGCUCCGGCGACCGUGCGGCGUCGCAGUCAACAGCCUCGGCUACGUGUACGUCACCGACCACGAGUCGCAUUGCGUGCGGGUCUACGACCCCGACGGACUUCACGUACGAGAUAUGGGAGGGUACGGGAACACGCUGGGAUACUUCAGAGGACCCAUCUCGGCUGCGGUCAACAGCAAAGACGAACUGAUCGUGUCCGAUCGGGACAACCAUCGUCUGCAGAUCUUCGACACGGACGGCGAUUAUCUCCUCGAGGUGACGCCGUCGGGCGAGGGCGACGACGAGUUCAAGUACCCGACCGGCGUCGCUACCGACCUCAACGACAACAUCUACGUGUGCAACGACUGGAACGGCCGGGUGCUCAAGUUCUCACCGGACGGGACCUUCGUCAAACGCGUAGACAGCGACGAGGACGGUCUCCGUUACCCGAACGGUAUCGCGAUCACCGAUGACGUCAAAGUGGUGGUCGUUGAUUACGGCAAUGACUGCGUCAAGGUUUUCGCGUAGAGGCAUGUGAUAGAACUGCCUACAAGGACAUUGUACAUGCACGAAUCCCUGCCUAUUUAUUCCAAAGAAGCUUUGUGCCCAGUAGUAGUAAGCUCUCGUGUCCUACCAAUAGCAGCAACAUGCCCGCUUGAAAUGGCAACGGAAAUUGUCAUCUUUGUAUUUUAUAAGCCAAAAUUAAGAGACCAUCUGAAGUUUAUAUCUCUGGGAAGACAUGACUGAAAUAUGAUUUUAAUCAUCAAAACUGAAGGAUUGCCUUUUGUUCAGAAAAUGUGCACAAAACAAUUGGAAGUAAUACGAAAUAAUAGGUCAAUGUUUGUUAUACAGUGCUUCUCCCUUUGUCUAAAUGAUAUUACUGUUAUGCCGUUAUUGAAUAGCGCAUAUUCACAUUAUGACAUAUCGUCUCUAUGCGCUUCUACAGGACUUAGGAUACUAUUACCCCGGCUUUAGCUUUAGCAACCGUAGCGCUCAUUGCAUUCAAGGAAUGAAUCCUACCAGGUACCCACUUACAACCCCUGCAAGGGA